CACCAUCCCCUCACCAUCCUCUCACCAUCCUCUCACCAUCCUCUCACCAUCCUCCGACCAUCUUCAGACUCUCUUCUGACACUCUUCUAACUCUUAUCUGACUGUUCUCGACUCUUCUCGUGUCGUACGAAGCUGAAUCUGGCCCCAAUGAAAAGGAUCAAAGUUGCAGUCGAUAGUUUGAGAGCUAGAAGGUGUGGCUCCACGCGACAUCUUCCCGAAAAUCGUCCACUAUGUCGUGAAUUCGCAGCCAAAGUCACGCCAAGCAUACCUUCCGUGACGGCUCGUGAGAUGCUCGACUCCCAGCGUCGUUCCCAUGUCGGGGACAUCCACCAUCAUCUUCGAACCAGCGGCAUUCUGAAGAUACGCCUCCAGUUUCCCGAUGACGACAGCCAAUACCUGGAGCGCAUAAUACUUAACCUUUGCGCUCAUCACGGACAUGGGCCUCCUACACGCCACAGCGCAUCCCGAGGCUGGUUUUGGGAUGUUCGCCCUAGCUCUGCUGGCCUGCAGACACGAGUUCCUCUCGCACAAUCAGAAACCAUGCAUGAGUUCCAGUGGCACACUGACUGUAGCUACGAGAGCGCACCCCCGAAAUACUUUGCGCUUCAAGUUCUGCAGCCUGAUCGCUACGGUGGUGGUACCCUGUCCCUCAUGACGAUUGCCAAGCUCGCACAUCACCUGUCCCCGGCUGUACAGAAAGCUCUAUUCGAACCGGAGUUCAAAAUCAAAAUUCCUCCUGAAUUUUCUAAACAUCCUGAUAAACAGCACAUAAUGGGGAGCAUCCUUGGAUUGGACAAGAUGGAUAAAUCGCUGGUAGUGAGGUUCCGGGAAGACCUGAUAGAGCCCAUGAACCCCAGGGCUGCGGCAGCAUAUGCGGAGCUGAAGGAUGCGUUGAAUGAGCUGGCAAAAAGUCCUCAGUCCAUGUUACACCUGACAGGGACAGACUUACCCGAACAGUCAAUUGUCAUACUGGACAACUAUAAGUGGCUCCAUGGGCGGGAUGCCAUCAAGGAUCCUGCUAGGCAUUUGCGUCGAGUGCGAUGGAAUGCAAUGCCGUUCCCUUCAGUUGGUCAGGGUGGCACGGCGGGCUCUUAG